CUGUGGUGGGAGUCAUGUUCUAAUUAUAGCAAUCAUGUGAGCGAUGCAUUAUGGGAAUGAACAACUGGCGAGGAAACGUGAAGUGCGUGUGACGUCACAUACAUCUACUUAAGCCGCCAUAUUGGGCUUCACAUUUAGAGUCUUGCACACGACCCACAAAAACGAAGAUUUGUGGACUUUCAACCGGGACAUUUAAGCGUGAAUUGGUCUUACGUGAGCGAAGUUGGGUGGUAAUAUACAUUCCAAUAGUUGGCAACUCCCCUAGAAGUGAAGUGUACGCCCUAAUUUGUCUCUUUGAGCUCACAGUCUGUCCGCAGAACAAAGAGAGAUCGCUUUAUGCGAUAGUUUGCCUCAUAUCAUCGUUCAUCUGUCGUCAUUCAGCUUGGAAGGGAGAAUGUGUGUCAUGCAUAGAUUGUGUGUCGUCUGCUACUGUCUGUAUUUUCUAUGCCCGUCAUGCAGAUCGGACGAGGAUGCCAAUUUGAAUCACUUGUCUAAUUCCACACAGAUGAAGACUUGGAAACCACGUGACCAACACGUGAAAAACGUGAGUCUCCAUCAUGAACACGUACAUGACGGCAUCGGAACACAGGGAAAUGACUCUCUGGAACAUGGUGUGUAUUUCGUGAAGAAAAUAUUUGAAAAGUUUGGAAAAGACGAUGAACUCACAAUUGUAAGUUUAAAAAAACUCUUUCAUGAAUUGAAAAUACUUUCAUCAGACACAGACAAUGAUCAUGAUCACGCCAGUAAUAGUGACAGUCAUGAUCAUAAUGACGUCAAACACAGAAGUGACACAGUGACAGAGCACAACCAUGAUCACAGCGAUGAUCACAACCAUGAUCACAGCGAUGAUCACAACCAUGAUGACAACGAUGAAGAGGAAGCAGACACCUCUGCUGUGGAUCACCUCAAACAUGGUAAUCAUUCUGAUAACUUUCCAAAUGGAUCAUCCCCCCUUAAGACUGUGCCACAUGAAAGUGAGAAACAGGAUAAUAUUAAAGAAAAACUGCAGAAAAGAGCUGUGACAUCCCAUCUUGAGAAAGAUCACACUGACUGUCUAGAUUUAAGAAAUUUGCUUGAUCUUUAUCAUUUACAAAAUGCGAAGACGUUUAAUGUGAAGCAGUUCCUCCAUAUAUCCCCAGCCUUGAUCUAUCAGCUGGACAACCCUCGAUGCCAGGUCACUGGGCACCCGGCACACUCCCCGGAUGUCAUCAGCGUCAGCGGGAUCCCUGCUGAGGUGUGGGGCUACAGCACGCUGGCUGUGGUCAUCAUCAGUCUGGUCGGCCUGCUUGGUGUAGCAGUCAUCCCCAUCAUGAAGAAAGUCUUUUAUAACCACAUGCUGCAGUUCCUCAUAGCCCUGGCUGUCGGUACAUUGACUGGGGAUGCUUUGUUGCAUCUUCUGCCACAUGCGAUUAUUGGACAUCGUCUGCAUAACCAUGACAACCAUGGAGCUGAAGGUUUGCACAGUGACGAUAUACAUAAGUCUGCAGUAUUUAAGGGACUGUGUGGACUUGCAGGGAUGUUUUUCUUUUUUCUGAUGGAAAGGAUCUUGACAAUAGUCACUGACAUUAAAAGGAAGCGAAAACUAAACACCAGAAAGACUUUGUCUCCCAAACAGAAAACAGUCUGCAAGGAUGAUCGGAGCCACAUUGCAAAAAAACUUUCUGCCUACGAUGAACCAGAUUAUCAGUCUUGUGAGGAAAUGGUCAUGGUUGUUCAUCCAAACAAGUCUCUGAAAGGCUUUGCAGAUGAAACGCAUCAUAAAGUAUUUCAUACCAGCCAUGAUGGUUGUCGGCCCAAAGAAGAAGAACACUCCCAUUCCAGUCCCAAGAGUGCUGAAGAAGAAGGCAUGCUGUCAGCCCUCCCACAUUCCCACAGCGGCCAUUCACACCACAGACAUUGCGAAAUGUCGAGCAAUUCUGUGGCAUCCAUUGCCUGGAUGGUGAUCCUUGGGGACGGCAUCCACAACUUCAGCGAUGGCCUGGCUAUUGGAGCUGCCUUUGCAAACAGCAUCACUGGUGGUUUCAGCACUUCCGUUGCUGUCUUCUGUCAUGAACUUCCACACGAGAUUGGGGACUUUGCUGUGUUGUUGAGAGCUGGCAUGUCAGUGAAGCAGGCCGUGGUCUAUAACUGCGUGUCAUCCCUGCUCUGUUUUGUUGGCAUGCUCAUCGGGGUUGCCAUUGGCAACAUCAAUGAGGCUUCAGAGUGGAUCUUUGCUUGUGUUGCAGGGAUGUUCAUGUACAUUGCUACUGUAGACAUGCUUCCCGAGAUGACGUCUGUGGACACCAAGCAAGGGGAACACCCUUUCUGUCAUCUUUUCCUGCAGUGUUUUGGGAUGCUUCUUGGGGCAGGAAUAAUGCUUGUCAUUGCUUUCUAUGAAGAAGAGCUGCUCACUGUUCUGGGUGGUUAGGCAUGAUUAAAUCUGUGGGAUGGUUCUAUCUGCAAUGGUUUGAAUGUGGUGCCUAGUACAACCAUAGGCAAAGAAUUUUAUGCUGUGCACCUGUUUAUGAAAAGAAACUACAGCUUAGUUAAGCUAAAAAAUUUCAACUUGCACUUAUUUGAAAAGAAAAGCCUUGAUAUUCUUAUUAGCCAAAGUGAAAGGUGUUUUGUCUCGUUUUGUUGUACGAAUCCAGGUUGACGUUGACUGUAGUUCAGAUAGUCCUCCAUGCUGUCUUUUCCUGCUGUAUACUAGAGUCUUCCUGAAGUGGAUCAGUGUGGGGCUCUUAAACACUGCAAGUACAGCAGUACUGUUGCCAUGGUAAUGACGGAGCAGUGUCGGGGCCCACAUGGUCCACAGCAUCCGAACAUAAUAUCUAUUUAACAAACAAUAUUUCCACAAUUCAGAAAAUUGUAAUUGUUUAAGAUGGACUUGAUAUAAUUUAUGUUCGUACUGAAAUGCUUUUUGGUGCAGUGGAAUCUCAUUGAAUUGUUAAUGUUAUACCUCGGAACUCCCAGUAUGUUCCACAGUGCUUCAAGUUACUGAUGUGUCAGUUUAUUUCAUGUCUUUAAGCUGGCUGAGCUACAGCACCCUAGAUUCAGACAGCAAGGCUUGUUUGAUCAUGUAUUUUGCAUGAGGCUCAUAGAUUUAUGUAAUUUUAUCUCAUUCUGAUUGAUACCCAAAGUUGAAGUUUACAGAUAUGUAAGCAAUUUGCUUAUAAGUCGAUAUAAAUUUAGCUUUUUUUUAAAGAGCAGCAGCUUUUAUUUCCUAAAUGCUUAAUGUUGUAAUUACUUUCUUCAUUGGGGGGUAAUGGUACAUCUGUUGCCAGUGACUGUGCCAUCUGUGAGAACUGUUUCUGAUAUUUUGUCAUGACUUGUAUUUCAGUUUCUGAACAUUGUCAACCAGAAUCUCUCAAAUAUUACUGUACUGAUGCUGAUUUAAAAUAUUCCUAAAAUUGGUGUCCAGAAUGUACUGAACCAGUGAUACUGAACCAGUGAUACUGAACCAGUGAUACUGAACCAGUGAUACUGAAGUGAAAGGACAUUUUAAUGCUGUUGUAAAUGUCUGUGAACUGAAAGAUACAAAAUGGAGGAAAGCAAACCAUCUACUUGAGUGUGAGUGUCAUGUCUUCACUGGUGCAGGUGCCCCUUGUAUCUGAGAGUGUGAGUGUCAGGUCUUCACUGGUGCAGGUGCCCCUUGUAUCUGAGAGUGUGAGUGUCAGGUCUUCACUGGUGCAGGUGCCCCUUGUACCUGAGAGUGUGGGUGUCAGGUCUUCGCUGGUGCAGGUGCCCCUUGUAUCUGAGAGUGUGAGUGUCAGGUCUUCACUGGUGCAGGUGCCCCUUGUACCUGAGAGUAUGCGUGUCAGGUCUUCACUGGUGCAGGUGUCCCUUGUAUCUGAGAGCGUGUCAGGUCUUCACUAGUGCAGGUGCCCCUUGUACCUGAGAGCGUGGGUGUCAGGUCUUCACUGGUGCAGGUGCUCCAUGUAUCUGAGAGUGUGAGUGUCAGGUCUUCACUGGUGCAGGUGCCCCUUGUACCUGAGAGUGUGGGUGUCAGGUCUUCACUGGUGCAGGUGCCCCUUGUAUCUGAGAAUGUGAGUGUCAGGUCUUCACUGGUGCAGGUGCCCCUUGUACCUGAGAGUGUGGGUGUCAGGUCUUCACUGUUGCAGGUGCUCCAUGUAUCUGAGAGUGUGAGUGUCAGGUCUUCACUGGUGCAGGUGCCCCUUGUAUCUGAGAGUGUGAGUGUCAGGUCUUCACUGGUGCAGGUGCCCCUUGUAUCUGAGAGCGUGGGUGUCAGGUCUUCACUGGUGCAGGUGCCCCUUGUACCUGAGAGUGUGGGUGUCAGGUCUUCACUGGUGCAGGUGCCCCUUGUAUCUGAGAGUGUGAGUGUCAGGUCUUCACAGGUGCUGGUGCCCCAUGAUCUAGUCCAGUAUGUGUGCUGUCUUGUGUCACCUGGACCUGUUGCUGUCAGCUAUUAUUCAUGUUGAUGUGUUUUUGUUUACAACAGUUGUGUCUAUGGAUUGAUCCGUCUUUGACUAGUGCUGAAUUACAUUGGGCAAAAGAUGAAAGAGUUGAGUGCAGUGUCUGAUUGGUGGUAUAUUGGAUGAAGAGACUGAAAGAAGUGUGUGUGUGUGUGCCUGUGUGUUUGUGUGACCACUCAUCUCUCACAUACAUAAUAAAUUGAAUGGUGUGAAUGUUGGAAGUUCCUAACAAAUGUUCAAAUGUUAAUUAUGAGGGAGGAAGAAGCCAACAUAAAGCAGUAUUAUCAUGAUUAUGGAUACCAGAUAAUGGUUAUUGAUUAUUGAUUCUUAUGGUAUAGACCUAUCAUUUUGGAUAUUGGAAUAUUUAUAGAAUUGUCAAUGUGUGUCUCUUCUUUGAUGCCUGUAUGUAUCUGCAAUGCUGUAUAUCUACACAUGAGAUGUUAACAGUAGAUACACCCAGUCAUCUUAAACUAGUUUUGGUUGGAAUCAUCAUGUCUGACUGGAAUGAUACUAGUCCCAGCUAAUGCACCUGUGGCCAUGUGUACCCUUCAGGUGAGGUACACAGAGAUUGGCCACCUGUGACCAUGUGUACCCUUCAGGUGGGGUACACAGAGAUUGACCACCUGUGGCCAUGUGUACCCUUCAGGUGGGGUACACAGAGAUUGACCACCUGUGGCCAUGUGUAUCCUUCAGGUGGGGUACACAGAGAUUGACCACCUGUGGCCAUGUGUAUCCUUCAGGUGGGGUACACAGAGAUUGACCACCUGUGGCCAUGUGUACACAGAGAUUGACCACCUGUGGCCAUGUG